CGAGGCCGAUGUUAUCACAACAACAGAUCAGAGCGGAGAGAGAGAAGUGCGAAGACUUUCCGUCGGACUAAACCUGCUUCGUUUUGUUCCGUUUCACAGCUUUUUCGUCUUGUCUUUUCCUGGUCGGAGUUUGUCAUCGUCUCUUGCAACAUGGUUAAAGUGUCUUUUAACUCCGCUUUGGGACAGAAAGAGGUGAAGAAGGACGCGGAAACUCUUAUUCCCGACGAAGACAAAGAUGCCGAGGCAGCUCUGCCGGUUCGUCACCAGUCUCGGGCCUGGUGCUGGUGCAUGUGCCUGGGUCUGGCCCUCAUGCUGUCUGGAGUGGUGGUUGGAGGAGCCUACCUAUACCGCUACUACGUCCUGGAGGUGAGCAGCCAGCCCCAACAAGGCUGGGCAGAGGGAGAGGAGGACCAGGUGUUCUUCUGCGGGGUGAACUACCGCGAGGAGGACUUCAUGAUCCACGAAGAGGAUGAGGUGGAGGUGGAGCUGCCAAACCAGUUCUACCUGCGGCAGCUGGAGGAGAAGAUUCGGGUGCUGGAGAGGGAGCAGGUGGAGCUCAUCAACGUCCCGGUGCCCGAGUUCGACAACGGAGACCCGGCAGAUAUCGUCCACGACUUCCAGCGGAGGCUGACCGCCUACCUGGACUUGAGUCUGAACAAGUGCUACGUCAUCCCGCUCAACACGUCCAUCGUCAUGCCUCCCAGAGACUUCCUGGAGCUGCUCAUCAACAUCAAGGCCGGCACCUACCUGCCCCAGUCCUACCUGGUCCACGAGGAGAUGAUCGUGACCGAGCGCCUGGAGCACGUCGAGCAGCUCGGCUACUUCAUCUACAACCUGUGCCGCGGCAAAGACACCUACAAGCUGCAGCGCAGAGACAGGAUCCUGGGUAUGCAGAAGCGUGAAGCGCUGAACUGCCACAAGAUCCGUCACUUCGAGAACACGUUUGUAGUGGAGACGCUGAUCUGUGAGCCUUAAGAGACGGCGUGGCGUGCCGCGGCGUGGCGGCUGCUCUGAGAAUCACUGGCGUGCAGUGAGAUGUGUGUUCUUAACGGUCACCUGUCUGUUUUCUGUCCUCCAGGUAGUCUGAGUGAGUGAGGGAAGUGAAAUGUGAAUAUUCAUUGAUUGUCGUGUGUUGUUUCACUUUUCUGUGUGGGGGUUUUCUAGGAAUCUUUUGGUAAGAUAAUUAGCUAAAAGUCAGCUGAGUAUAAAGCAGUAAAUUAUUUUAAUCAAAACAACUGCAGUUAUAGCAUGAACAUUUAUUUUACUAGACAAGGGACAUGUAGUUUUUAAGAUUUGAAGAGAAAGGGCAACUUUUAUACAACUCGUCCUGGUUUUUAACAACCCAUCAGUCCAGGGAGGCUAAUUUAGUUUUCAGUAUUUUGUCUGCUGUAGCUUUUAACAACACUGCAUCUCAUGUGGAAAAUGAUCUUAAAAUAAGAGCGAGGACACGGGCUUCUCUUAGCAUAGCUUUAAAAUACGUUUGUCUAAGUUUGAACCAGAAAUGAGGAAGUGAAAUGAACAGCGGAGGAAGCUCACAUUGCGACAUGUUAAAAUCUUUUUCUGUCUCUUUUUGAAUGUGUCUUUUUUUAGAUAACUCUUCCUGUUGUACUAAUUUGUAUAUAAUCUCUCUGAAGAUAAGACCAGACCAACACAAUAAACAAAACAGUAAAAACACAA